ACUAAAAAGCAUCUCGGGAAGAGCUCAAGUUCCCCUCACCCGGUCCCUGCAAAGGGCCGCGCUGGAGACACGCACGCACUGGUACCCAGCCCCGACAGGGGAGGUCACUUGCGAAUAGCCGGGCAAGAGCAUCCCAACAGGUUUUUGGAGUCCCCCCUGGCCCUCCGGCCCCUCCUCCCACCUCUCUUCCAAGCCAGCCCACCUGGCCGGUGCCCAGGAAACAGAGGCUCUGGACGGACUGCUGCUGCCGCUGCUGCCGCCGCCGGCUGCGGGGCGCCCCAGCCCUCCCUCUCUCUGAGGCUGGGUUUUUCCAGUUGGAGCCUCCCUCCCUCUACUGCAAUCACUGGAAGCCACCGCUGUCGACCGCGGCUGCUCCUGCACUUUAUUUAUUUAUUUCUUUGCUCAUUUCUUUCCUCUGUUCCUGUCCCCGCGGACCCCCUCUGGCCAGAGAAAGAAGCGCUGCAGUCCGGGAGAGGGACCUAGAGAGGAGCCUGCAGUAGGGGCGGGGGAUGGAUGGGUGAGAGACAGAGAUUGUGCGUGAAGAGGCAGGAGAAUCCCAGAGCUGGAGGGGAACUGGAGGCAGUGGAGAGCCCCCGAGAAACCUCCACGCAUCCCCUCCGUCCCCUGGCUUCGCAGCCGGAGCCACCCCCUCCCCGAGCCAUGAGCGCCACUAGACAGAAGGCUGGAAGGAGUGACGGCAACAUAAACCGGAGGGAGCAGGAAACUGAGCUCCGGGACAGAGCCAAGCUGAGCCAGGAGCGGCGGCUCAAACAGGCUACCCAGUUCGUCCACAAAGACUCGGCUGACCUCCUCCCCCUGGAUAGUCUCAAGAGGCUUGGCACCUCCAAGGAUCUGCAGCCACACAGCGUGAUCCAGCAUCGCUUGAUGGAGGGGAACCUGAACCAGUUGCUGGGGAAGUCCCCCUUGGCGUGGGGCCCAGUGCAGGAAGCAGAUAGUGGGAAGAAGACCAACAGAAAGGAGACCCCAGCUCUUCUUGUUCACUGCAAGUGCCGGGACCAAGUAUUAAGAGUGGCAGUGGAUACAGGAACCCAACACAACCAAAUCUCUGCUAAAUGCCUCAGUCGCCUUGGGCUAGGGGAGGGGACCCUAAAAGCCCCAGGUGGAAAGACUCCUGGUCCCCUGACCCAUGUGGAGCAGCUGGAGCUACAGUUAGGGCAAGAGAUUGUGGCGUGCUCAGCUCAGGUGGUUGAUGAUGAGAGUCCUGAAUUUUGCCUGGGACUACAGACACUGAUAUCUCUUAAGUGCUGUAUUGACCUGGAGCAUGGUGUCCUACGGCUGAAAUCCCCAUGCCCAGAACUACCAUUCCUGCCAUUCCAUCAGGAGCCUGGCCAGUGACAACAACCACAGUCUAUCCCUGGGAGAAAAUGCAAUGCCUUUGGGAAGAGUCAUGGGCAGUGGGAGUGCUGCCUACCACCCAGACCCUUGUUCACAUGUCCCAUCUGUCCUUGUGUAUUCUUCUUUGUUCUUUCACCAACUUAUAUGAGAAGGGUCGCACCCUAAAUAGAUUGGAGGAGCAAGGAAAUAAAACCUUUAGCAACUAUGGAUUGGGAAAGAAUUCAUGACCAUACAAAGGCUAGAGAGAAUUACAGAAGAUAAAAUGGACAGUCCUGAUUAUAAAAGCUGAAAAGUUUUUAUACAAAUAAAAUUAAAAGGGGAAAAAAUGAACAGAGAAAAAAACCUUUUUGGCAAGUUUCUCUAAUAAAAGUCUGAUUACAACCUACCUAAAGAUCUCAUUCAAACAUAAAAAUAAGAUCAAAAACCAUUCUCAAAGCUAUGAACUGGAAAUUCUCCAAGGAAGUAAUUCAAGCUUUCAAUAGCCAUAGCUAAUCAAUAAUAAUUGGAGAAAUGCCCUCCCUUUUCCAGAAGACAGUUCACAGAAUCAGUCUUUUUUCCUAUAUCUACCUUUAAUCCUCAAAUGGCUUUCUCUAUCUUUUUACAAAGGAGAGAGCCUUAGGACAAGGAUGUCCUGGAAAGAAUAGUAAGGCAACAUGGGGCACAGGGCUUGAUAUUUGAAGUAGUGACUGAAUUGACUUGUGUAAAGACUGCUAGGUCCCCAUCACCAAUUCAUAAUGCCUCAGUAUCUGCCACCACAGUCUUCUUGUGCCUAAUGUCUAUGACCCAACUGCUAUAUAUACCUCUUAGUUUCUUCACCUGGGCCUGCUCUGACACUCUGGGGGUCUCCAAUCCCUCUGAUACUUACCCUUCCAACUCCUUGUAUAUCAGCUCUUUAAUAAUUGUUUUUUCUAGUGUGCCAACCCCCCCCUGCCCUCUCUCAUGCCUGUCAUUGACCUUAUGUGAACCCCUAGAUUUUCCUGAAGUAUAAACUCACUUGUAGUUUUACCUUUUCACCCCUCAACUGUUUUUGUGCCCAGUAAGAGUUUUGGGGUUAGACAUAAUUGUUAUUGGUUUUUUAUUAAUGACUUGUUCUUUACACUAUAGCCAUUUCUUAAUAUACUCUCUCCCCUAAAUGCCCACCAUGGACUUCCCCUUUUAACAAAGAAAGCCUUUAGGUAAAAUCCACCCAAUAAAUUGGCCAUCUAAUAGCUUUGACCCUAUGCCCUAUAUUUUACCCCUCUAUGGAAAUUUGGGAAGAAUGUUUCUUUAUCACCAAAACUCAUUACUAUAACUAAUCUAUUUGGCAGCAUUUUUCUGUGACUUCUCUUGCAUUGUUAUAGUCACUGUGUAUGUGGUUCUUUUGGUUCUGUGUUUUGUCAGUUCGCACAAAUCUUCUUUAUUCAAAUGUUUCACAUUGGCUGUUUCACAUAGUACAAACAAUAUUCAAUUAUAUUCAAAUUCUACAACUUAUUCAGUCUUUUCAAUUCCAAUUGAUUGGCAACCAUUUUAUUUCCAAUUUUUUUGCUGGUGUUUUUUUUUGCCACCACAGAAUGCUAAUGUGAUUAUUUUGUAUGUUAAUAUGAGAGCUUUCUUUCUGUCAUUAACUUCCUUAGGGUCUAUGCUUAAUAGUGGGGACACUGGAGCAAAGGGUUUGAACAGUUCAGUGACUGACUGCCCGGUCUUACUCUGGGGAAUAUUUCUCUCCUUAAGCACAAGAGAUGGGAGUGGAAGUCCCUAGCUUUAACCUUGGGGUUCCAUCUAAUUGUGGCAGGACUCUAUCCCUUCUAUCCUCCAUUUUGACCUCCUUAAACCUAGAGUUCACCUGCCCAGAAUCCUAAUAUGUUUCCCUGGCUGGGAAAAGAAUCUCCCUUGCUUUCACUUUCUCUGCUGAAAAAAAGUCAGGCCCCAGAGUGCCUUUCUGGAUGGUUGUUUUUCUUCUCCUAAAACAUGACUCAUAGGGUAGGGAAAGAUGCGACACCAGCUUACAGGCUAGGUUAGGUAGGAACUGGAUCUCCUUGGUUCUUGGGAUCAUUCCCCUGCCCCCCCAUUCUCUUGCCACGAUUGAGGUGGAUUAGAACUCCCUUUCCAAACCCUCCAAAACAACAGACAAGAGCUCAUUAAAUGACAAUCUUGUCUUAUUCUUGGUCUCAAGUCUCGAAUAUUCCCUUCAAUCUAAUUUUCCAGUGCCUUCUACUUCCAUAGUCUCUCCCUGUUCCUUUUCCUCUGUCUGCUUCUUGCUGCUCUUUGUCAGGUCCUAGUCCAAAAGUCUCUUCAUUGGAAUAAACCCUGUUUCUCUAAUGCAGUCUUUUCUGGCUGCCUCUUACCAUUAGCCCUAUCUUUGCUAGAAGAAGCCCAAUAAUUAAGGCAAUGCUCAUGAAACACUGUGCAAACCUUAAAGUACUACAUAAAUGCCACAUGUUGUUAUUAUUAUUAUUUCUCUCUCCUCAGGGAACUGGAGAGAGAAUGGAACUUUGAUUCCAUCUGGUUGAUAUAUAUAGUAUAAUUAGGGCUGAUUAAUGGGAACAGUAUAAUCCAAAAGGAAAAUGAAGAAAGCAGACAGGCCCAAUCAGGCCUAAGAAGUUACUCUAAUAGACUCCUACGAUGAGGUGCUGCUCAAUUUCUAAAAGCCACCUUCAGGUUUUAAGUGGUGAUUUUCCAGGUGAAUGGCCCCUCACAGAAUUUGGAAGGAGGAGAAAGGAAGAGUGGCAAAGUCUAUAACCUUGACAAAAACCUUAACAAUACAUGUGACCGAGGGCAAAUCAUUUACAACUCCCUGGGUGUCAGUUCUCUCAUCUGUAGAAUGAGAGGACAGAACUAGAUGGUCGCUGAGGUCCCUUCCACUUCUAUGAUCCUAUGAACAUGGCUCUGGUAAGGAGUCAGGUCAAAUUAUUUUUUCUAUUUUCAGCUAAACUUUCUGCCACAAAUAUGCUGUCUCUUUCCCUCUCUGCUCCAAGUCUCUGUCUUGGUUAUGUGGGAAGAAAAGUAUCAGAGAUGCUCUAAAGAUGAACAUAAAUAAGAUACAUCUCACUCUUUGCAAAAGUGUUAGAAGAAAGAAGAUGCAUUUCCGCUAAUUAUCAUUAAUGAUACUGUGCCAAGAGUCACUACAUAAAAAGUAUCAUUCAGGAUAGGAUUUCCAGUCAAUGAAUUGAUGGUGAGGAAGCCAGGGAAGGCCACAGUUGAACUGCUGUCAUGGUGGUGCCAAGUCUCUGCAUCACUCUAUUCUGAUCAUCUCCAUGUUGGAGAAGGAAGUCCCUCAUACCCUGGGAAGGCAUCUCUGGUUAGGAAGGCUCUGGGUUGCUUGAAGGAUUAUCUGGGUGGGAUUCAUCCGGAUAGUAAAGUGUCUGAUGGAUCAGUGCUUGGACUGCAGGGAGGUCAUCAGGAUCUGGGGGCAAAAGAAGGACCAACAGGAAGCCGGUUGACACUGGGGCACCCAGAGAGCCAGACUUCCCAUCUUUGCUUGCUUAAGGACUCACCCACACCCAGCUCCUGUAGCAGGCCCCGGUACUCGGGCUCAGCCUCCAGCACCUUCACCAGAUUGGUGGACUCCAUUCGCUCAAGCAGUACAUCCCAGUAUAUGUAAAUCUUCUGGUUGAAGGUCACAUAUACUAAGCAGGGGCUGUUCUGACCUCCUUUGCAGGCAUAUAGGCCUGAGGGUAGAGGGUAAAGGAAAAAAAAGUUUAAUGCUUCCUGCCCACAAAUGAGAAGGUAGGGAACAAGAUCUUGGGAUUCAAAUGGACAGUUUUACAUCCUCUCUCAGAUACUGAGCAAAGAGAGGCAGUUGGCUCUCUAUUUUCUUUCUGUUACUCCUAAGCUACUACUAAAAACAUUAUUAUGAAGCAUUUGAACCCAAUUUGCAAAUAUCUCCCUGCCUGGAUUGGACAGCAACAAACAGAUCAGCUGAAAAAAAAAUGCUUUUUGAAGACUUUUCUCACUUAAAUGAUAGCACUUGAGUAGACUAAGGGAUCAGACUUGGAAGAUAUAAUCAGAAACUCCCAGUCUGCACUUAAAUCACCAGGUUCUUCUAUGGCAUUAGCUCCUUCCUGGAAUGAUAGUCUUGUAGGUCUUGAAUAUGUGCUGAGGAUAUAUUAUUUUAAGUUGCUGCUUCAGUUCACUAAUUAGUCUUUAACUGGCCUGUUGAUUCCCAAUAUGUUUAACUUAGAAAUAAGUAGAACAAUUUAUCAUUCAGAUGACUCAAUUCAUUUCUAACCCCUAGUUCUAGACAGGACAGUAUCUUAAACCAUCCCAGAGAGAUAAGAUUCUAUCCCAUGAUUAAAGCUAUCCAGGGAAGAUUUCUAAGAUCCUUCUCGGUCAAUCAUUCUAUGUCUUACGACCUUCUCUGUAAUGAAGCUUUUCUGGAUGUUUGCUGUCUAAUCUUCAGACUGUAGCUUCUAAUUCUAAUCCUUCAAUGGAAAUGGAAAAUGAAGACCAUUCUUGAAUAAAACUAUCUGUGACACAAUA